UUAAUUUUUUGACUUUUUUUAAAUGCUGUGAAGAUGUUUUAACUGUUCUCACCUGAAAUUCACUGAAAAUUUGGCUUAAUCAUGAAUAAGUCAAAUAUAAUUUCUGCGUUCAGUAUCCAUGGUUUCACUUUACGAAGAGAAGCUCUUAACUAUCUUCAACAAGAAAUAGAUUCUUUAGGAGUUGACCAGAGAAAAGAAGCUUUGCAGUCAAUUCUGGAUCAUGUAAACGGUCAGAACCUUUCGAGCUCUAUGUUGGAAAAAUCUGUCAUUGAAUCGGCUGUGAAGAAUUUUUAUCAUGCAAAUGACGUGGAUGAAGUGCCGUUAAAUGUAUUUGAUGCGUUUUCCUUUGUUCGAUAUACAUACGACUUGGACUCUAAAAGGUUUAUUAAAUGGGACACUCUUCAUAAAAAACCUUCAUCACUACAUGGCAGCCCCGACUCUAAAGCAAAUAUUUUUAGAGAAAUUUUUAAGGUUAUUCAACAAAGAACAAUUCGCCAUCAUUUAUUUGCACCCCCAGCAAUCUCUGAAGGUAGCAAUCAAAAUCAAGCAUACACUCUAUUUACUGUUGAACAUGUGCUCGGAUCAUCUUCAAAAGACACUAAUAUUAUCGUUCUUGGAAUGCUCACACAACUUAAAGAGGGUCAAUUUUACUUAGAAGAUCCAACUGGUGUUGUUAGAUUGAAUUUAAGUAAAACAACUUAUAAAGGAGGUCUCUUCACUGAAAAUAGCAUUGUUAUGGUGGAAGGAAAUUAUGAAGAUCGUGUAUUUUACGUCUCUGCUUUGGGAUUUCCACCUGCAGAAAGUGCUGAUGUUUCAUUGUCUUUUUUUCAGACUUUUCAUCCAGCCUCUUCUGAACACUCCUAUAUACAUCGCUUAUCAGAUGAUUUAAAACGUUCUGAGCAAAUCCAUGGGGAUGCCAUGUUUGUAUUUUUAUCUGAUGUCUGGCUAGAUCAGUUGAAGGUUAUGCAAAAGCUGCAAAUAUUAUUUGCUGGGUAUUCUCUGAUGCCUCCUACUGUGUUUGUUUUGAUAGGAAAUUUUCUGUCUCUGUCAGGUGUUGGAUCAUCUAGCAAAGUUUUUGAAGAAUGCUUCUCAAAACUGGGACAGUUAAUCAGUGAAUUCCCAAGACUUGUGACUGAGUCUCAAUUUGUGAUUGUGCCUGGUCCUGAUGAUCCUGGGGUUCCAUAUGUUUUACCCAGACCAGCAAUCCCAUUUUCUUAUGUGGGUGAUUUCAAGAAGAAAGUGCCUAAUGCAAUAUUUGCUUCAAAUCCCUGCCGUUUACAGUACUACUCACAAGAUAUCUUAAUAUUUCGUGAAGAUAUUAUUUCAAAGAUGUGUCGUAACAGCAUUUACACUCCUUGGGAAUAUGAAGAGAAAGUGGACAUACCUAGCCUCUUUGUUAAAAGUGUUAUUGGAAAUGCUCAUCUUUUGCCUCUUGCGUUGAAUGUUGCUCCUCGAUACUGGGAGUAUGAUUAUGCACUCUGGUUGUACCCUCUUCCAGAUGUUGUUGUUUGUGCAGAUAAGUACGAUCCAUACACAGUGACUAGCAAUAACUGUACAUUCUUUAAUCCCGGUUCAUUGCCAAGGUCAAAUUUUGCUUUCAAAGUUUAUUUUCCUGCAGCAAGACAAGUUGAAGAUAGUGAAAUAUCUGAUGAAACUUUAAGCUAACAUUGUAAUUACAAAAAGUGUACAUAUAUUUUGUAUUUAUUAAAUAAAUGUUAUAUUUUCA